UGAUGGAAAAAAUCAGACCAUUGGUUCGGAUUCUUCUCACCAUCAUCGAUGUCAUUUACGUUCAACGGUUUUUCCAACAGAAUUUUUCACUUAUAACAAUCAUUCUUUUAUUUGUACACCAAAUUUGGAGAUAUAUAGAAUUCUUAUCAAUCUUUACAAAUGUAGUUUAACAUUUAUAAUAUCUGAAAAUAAAUUUGGAGGAUAUCUUGUCAACGGAACAUGGGUAGGAAUAUUGCGAUUGUUUGCCGAAAAAGUAGUCGAUUUUAUGCCACAUUUUUUUGGUCUUCAUAGUCAUCGAGAACAAAUUCUUGAUACAACAUUUUUAUCACAUUCGGUGUACGAAGUCGCCAUUGUUAGUAGUCCAAGUUAUCUAUAUGCUACGAAUCCAUUACAAGUUUUUUACACAUUUAAUUCCACCAUAUGGUUGUUAUUACUGACCGGAUUCAUUUGUUAUUCAAUAUCGCUAUUGGCUGCUGAUUUAAUCAUCCGAAAUCAAAAGCUAUCUAUGCGUCAUUUUUCAGAUCUCAAUUUUAUUUUAUACCGUUCACUCAUCGGACAAAGUUUAACGAAAUCAACCCAUCGUCGAAAAGUUAUCAAAUUGUUACGUUGUUCAUUGUUAAUAUGGAUGCUGGCUACAUUAUUAUUACGAAAUUUAUUCUCAAAUGAUGUAAUGGCAUCAUUUUUAGCCAACAAAGAACAAAUUAUCGAUCGUUUUGAUCAAUUAUUGAUGACUGUUAAACGAAAUCGUGAUUAUCGUAUCAUUGUUGAAUAUAAUUCAUCAAGUGAAAGAUUUUUUUUAGGGAGAUUUCCUCAUCUUCAGCAACGAAUAGUUAGAAUUAAUCAUAAUGAAGUUACUGAAGCCAAAACGGUAGCGAAAUUAUUGAAAGGCAAACACGUAUUAAUCACUGAUCGCUGGAGAGGUUACAUGAUUAAAAAACUUUACCAAAAAUUCGAUAUACAUGUAUCUGAUGAGGGUUUCCUUCAAACAUUUGGUGUUUUGCCCAUACGUAAGGAUUUACAUUAUUUGGCCAGGAUGAUGUUGGUAAAAAUGAGUAAAUAUCUUUCUCAAACUGGAAUAACCACUAGAUUAAGCGAUGACUACACUAAAUAUCGAUCUAAUAGAAAUUCAAUCGAAAAAGAAUUAAAUGGAACUACUGAAUAUGACGAUUUUAUAAAUAAGGACAUCGAUCGAGAAUUGACCGAAGCCGAUAAUGAAGAUGAUGAAGAAUACCUGAACAAUAGAAUCAUAUCAAUCGUUUAUGUUCACAUUUUGGGCCUUACAUUAUCGUUGAUAGUUUUCAUUGCUGAAUCAUUGCAUGCAUUCUUUUGGAUUAAAGGGUACAAUCAAAUACAAUCAAACAUAUGAUAUAAUAAAUUUUUUAAUGAUAAAUGAG